CCUGCGGACGAGAAUGAGACUCUCUUAGGUAUUAAGUGCGUAAAGGCAGAUGGACAGGUCUUUGCCAGAACGUAACACAGGGUUUUCACCGCUGCCUCUCUUGUUGUUGCCUGGUCCACGACAGGACACACACACACUGGGAGACUACAUGGAUUGGUGUAGUUGGUUGGCAGUGAGUACUUUCCUGCUCUGGAUUUUCUGCUUUAUAGACGGCAACGCCGUGCUUGAGCUGCGGCUGCUCUUCCAUGCUCUGACUAAAGCUGCUUGUCACCUGUACCUGGCUAUGCUGCCACUGCGCCGCGCCGCCGCCCACUUCACCGACAGCGUGAGGUACCUGAUCAGCCAUGCCCAGCAACCAAGCACUCCCCACGGCCACCCCCACGGUCAGCCGUCUCCGGACAAGAGAGCCAUGCUGCACGCGCUGGAGGGCAUGUGUGUCGUGUGCGAGACGGUGCCCAACCUGACGGGCGCCGCGCUGAGUUUAGGCGCCGCCUUUUGUCACGCGCUGCAGGGAUAUUUCUACAUAGUUGCAGAGACCCUGCGUACCAUCCAGGUCAACCUCUUCUCCCAGAUGAACGGCGAGAGGGAGAAAUGGGACCGAGAGCGACACAGAGUCAGAGAGAGCGAGAAAAAGCUCAGCUCCAAAGUGUUGGAAUACAUCUCUGUGUUUUGCCAAGACCCAGUCAGCGCUUUACGCAUCAAGGUCGACGCGCCGCCAGUGUACAGAUAAUCUCCACGUCAAUGUAAAGCAAUUCACCUGUUAAUUGGCACAUAAGAGGCCUUCUUCUUACUGCUGAGGGGUUUACAGGAGCAGGCUGAGAGCUGAUGGAUGGGAUGGCUCUAUACCACGUUUUUGGUGUACAACUGAUACAGAUAUUAGUCCAAUAAUUUACAUAUUUUACACUUCUAGGGCCCAGGUGACACUUUUCUUAUCUUUUCUCUAUUUGUGGCCAUUUCUUCCCAACACUUUCCAGUUCAGUUGAAAGACAAAGGUAACCAUAGAAACUCAUGUACCAACACAUGCACAACUCAGCACUCAAAGAAUUUAAUGACACACAAAUGGAAACAAACUCCUGUGAUCAAGUAUGCAUGUGAGGAAUGUAACAUUGAUUCAAACCCUAGUUUAGAAUGAAUGAUUGAAACAAUGGGUAUAUGCAGAAAUGCAAAGCAGCUCGCUGUGAAUGCAGAGUGUAAAAUAAUGAUGUUAUGCUGAUGCAUUUACCAUCAAGCCACAUUCAGUA